AAUAUGAACAUUUUAAGGGUUGUUCGAAAUAAUUGGAAAAAGUCUGCAUUUGCUGCUGCUGUUUCGGGGUAUGCACUCAGCUCGCUUAAGACACAUAUUGAAAUUACUCAAUAUAUGAAUGAAUUUUCUACCAACCUAUAUUCUACCAGUGAAAAUGUAGGAGCACCAAAGAAUGUUUUGGUCGUGAUGAAUCCUAUCGCCAAUAAAAAAAAAUCGGAGAAAACUUUCAAGAAGUAUUGCGAACCGAUAUUGCAUUUAGCCGGCUAUUCGGUUGAGAUACUUCGAACCAAUCACAUUGGGCACGCCAAGGCUUAUAUAGAAGAAAUGGCAAAUCUACCAGAUGCAAUUGUUAUUGCAGGUGGAGAUGGCACCUCAUCAGAGGUUGUAACAGGCCUAAUGCGAAGAAAUGAAAAUGUAUGCCCAAUCACAAUUCUUCCACUGGGACGUACAAACCAAGCUACACAUAAAUAUUUUCAAAUUGGUGUUCAAAGUGAGCUGGAUUAUAUAAAAUCGUUAUGUAGUGCAUUAUUGCCAAUGCUAAAAGAUGAUUUCAUGUACCAGAGCGUAAUCCGAUACGACGUUAUCAAUAACGAUGAUGAUAGUGAGAAACAUUUAAAGCCGAUAUUCGGACUAAAUGGCUUUUCAUGGGGUCUGUUGAAGGAUAUUGACUCUACAAAAGAAAAAUAUUGGUACUUCGGUCCAAUAAGACACUAUGUGGCUGCCGUUUCCAAAUUAUUUUCGAAUAAUUGGAGCUUAGAGACUGAUUAUGUGUACACGCCUCCUUGCGCAGGAUGCUUGGACUGCGUUGAGGUUCGGAAUGAAGAGAGCAAAUUUCUAAAUAAUUUCCUUGGAAAACUUGUCAAUCCUAACCGCAGCAACAUGAAACCUCAAAGACAGCUUGUUAAAAAUAGCGAGUGCAGUAGUAAGCAGCAAGGAAAGAUGGAAGCCAAUCAAAUAGACAUUAAUUGUAUUCAAAACAGUGAGAACUUUUCCGAGCUGGAAACUCAGUUCAUAAGCUCAUUACAACCAGGUUGGGAUUUUAUUAAAACUAUUCCAAGCAUUACAUCUAGCACUAUUGUACCACAACUAGUACUGAGAAGUCGCACUAUCCAGUUACAUCCAACCGGAGAAACGACUAACGUUUAUUCAAUUGACGGAGAGGAAUAUGAUGCAAGACCCAUUAAGUUAUCUGUUGUUCCCAACGCUAUUAAAGUCUUUUGUUAAGAAUUUGAAAUUUUUAUAUUGUGAAUUCUAUUAAACAGAGCUAUAAGUAUAGCAUAACACAUUCACAGCAAAAA